AUGCCCCCAUACAACUCCAGCAUCUUCAAGCAGAUCAUCGACUCGGUCUUCAUCCAUGUCAACCCCGUUGCAGGGUAUCGAACGGCCGGCGGGUGGCCCGUAGGGAAGCUUGGGUGUGGACCAGAGUAUGUGACCAUGCUGUUGUUUGCGUUCUGGCCCCUGCUCAAGCUCAAACAUGACCGUCGCUCGGAACUUCACACCCCUGCCCUCUACCCCUCUGCGAUCAUGGAUCGUAUCCUGGCCGAGAUUCAUCAGACCAUCCUCUGCAUUGAAGCGCCAAUGGAGGUCCAACGCUACAUCGACCACUUCCGUUGCGCCCCGGACUUUCUUAUCCCACCGUUUCAAGAGGUGAAUAUUUACUUCUUGACCCCCGACGCCGACGCUCCCACCGAUGACAUCCAUAAACUCAACCAACUCCUACGUUUACUCGCGCGGCUUCCCACUAUCCAAAAGCUCACCAUGCGACUUCCGCGCAACACCUCCGACAAUACCCUUACUGGCUUCGUCUUUUCGCACCUUCGUCGACUCGAGUAUUACGGACCGAGGACCGCCAUUCGAGGCUUUCUAUCCAUGCAUCUCGACCGCAUCAACGUGCUUGCCUUCGAUGGCAUCUUUGCGCCCCCUCGCACCCGAUUCGAGUUCACAUCAAUGGUCAACCUGAGACGGUUAACUUGUCCCGUCGCCUAUCUCCACGGCGUCUCGUUCCCCCUCUUCGAGGUUCAUACUUUGAAGUUGGAGCUCGACGAAGGGUCUACCUCCAUGUCCGAUUCCAUCCAGACAAUUUCCCCGUCCAUCUUUCCUGCCUUGGAUUGCCUCUUUCUUCAGGUUGGGCCAGAUGAUCAGUCGCUGUUGACUGAGGUGUCGUCGCGCUUUCCCGACCUCCUCGCCCUGUUACUAGCAGACGGCUCCAAAGUUUGGGAAGAAUAUUUUGACAGGACUGCUCCUCGCCCAUGGAGCGAUCUUUUCACGGAGACCCCUCUCAUCACCGCACCCAUCGGUCACAUUGGCGCAGAGCAUGCGCUCCUUUUGGAGUGGAGUGGACUGGCGGUAGGAGAUCUUCAUCCGUCCCUGGAGACUGCGGUGGUGGCGUAUGCUAGCGACUUUGGAGUUGCGGCAGAGGUGCUAUCCACGUGGGCGAUUGACGAUCAGGAUGUGGCCAGGACUGAGUUCAUCGCCGGCCAGGGGGUGGUCGAGCAGAAGGUGUUCCAGCUUCACUGCGAAAUUAUAGGAUAG